GAUCUCGGUAAUCCCACCCCACAUUCUCCACUUAAAUGUAAGUGCAACUCAGACGACGCAUAGCCAUCUAGACAAUGAGGGCAGCACUCCGCUUAAACUCACUUAGAUGGUGCAUAACCAUCUAGAAACCGAGGGCCUCCCCCAGAUGAUGAGUGCCGUCUGGAGGAUAGUAGGUUCAAAUGUGGUUCCUUGUCGCUUUGGUGUUGAAAGGGCCAAUUCAGGCUCCUCCAUGUCGGACUAUAAGUUCACAGUUGUAGCCACCAGUAUGGCAUACUUCACAGCUGACAAGGUUGAACAUUUAAGCGUGAAGGCUCUUAUAGAUACUAUAAACGCUAAACUCAACGAGCGGCGGAGGAGAAAGAGAGAGAAUGAGGGAAUAAACAGGAGGAAGGACACAUUGGUUAAGAAAGCUUUUGAAUUGGGGGAAUUUGAUGGUAUCGAUGUAGUCUUGAUCAUCUGCAAGUAUGGCCAAUAUACUACGUUCAGAUCCAAAGGCUAUGUAUCAUGGCAGCCGUCAUUCGCAGAGAUACAAAGUACCUAUCCGCUUCCUAAAAACAUGAUACCUGAAGACAUGGAGAAUCGCCGUUCUAGACAAAUGAGAAAAUUCCCGAAGAAGACAACCGAGACUUAGCUGGACUCUCUCUGAAGGCUAGAUGAUUGAGAAUCUUCCGAGGCGGGCAAAACCCAUAGGUGUGGAUACUGAUAAAUAGAUUCUUAUCACUUCAUCCCAACCUUGAUAGUUCCUACUCAGUGCCCUGAGGAUCCCCCUAGCAAAUGCAGAC